AUGGCCAAGAUCUUCGACUCCCUCGGCGCCGUCGUUUCCUUGUACGGGACGUUUGACGAGCCUCUGUUGACAGCACAAGUAUCCUGCUCGACAAACGUCACGGUGGGUUUCCGCUUCCCGUCCAGCAACGUGACUGCCGCGGAGCAGAGCGUCAAAGCGCAGACCUUUGACGUCCCGAUCGCAAGUCUGCUGGUUCCUUCGACAGACGCGUCAAAUCCGAACUGCACUGUCGCGCUGGUGGGGCAAGACUUUGCGGACUUGCCGGGCCUGUGGGUGCUGGGCCAGUCGUUCUUCCAGGGCAAAUACAUCGAUCAUAAUCUCGACGACGGGACGAUCGGACUGGCCACCCUGAAAGCGUCCGCAUCCAAUUCGUCAUCCGGUUCUUCUGGAUCUGACUCGGGCAAUGGCAAUGGCAAUGGUAGUUCCAAUGGCAGUUCUGGUGACCGUGGCAGCGGCAGUGGAAGUUCUUCCUCAACCAACUCGGCGGCUAGUCUUCGCGGUACUGUUUCUUUGGCGUGUGGUCUCCUGGUCUUGUACUUUAGCUUUGGAUCUGCCAUGUUGUAA